GGAUAUAUAAAGGAAGGGGAAGCACAGCCAGCCCGAGAAACUGUUGGAGCCAGUGGUUCUCUUCUGCCCUGCCUCCCUCCACGUGAUUCAGCCUCCCAGCACCGGGAGAGCCAGGAAAAAGUAACCCCAGGGGACUAUCUGCCCAGCGCUGCGCUACGCGGGGCUUGUGCAGCUGAACUCGCUGCUGGACACCGUGUCGGUGCGCAGCCCGGUGGACGAGCACAUCAGCAUCGAUUACUCCCUCCUCAGCAACCCCGUCGUCUCCCCUGACACCCUCGAUCUGGACUUCAAGGGCAUGUUCUACUACCGGUGGAACGAGACGCUGGCGAACCAGGCGGUGGCACCAGUGAUCAAGGAGACGGAGCGCAUGGUCUACGUGGCUUUCUCCGAGUACUUCUUCAACUCUGCCAUGGAUGCCUACUACCAGGCGGGGGUGCUGAGCAUGGAGAUUGCAGGGGAGGAGGUGCCCAAGGAUCUGGAGGUUUUGCUGAGAGCCUCGUUCUUCGGAAGCAUCAUCAUGCUGAGCCCUGCUGUGGUGGACGCGCCCCUGAAGCUGGUGCUGCAGGUGUCGGCUCCUCCACUCUGGACAAUCAAGCCCUCGGGCACCUCCGUCUCGGUCAUUGCCGUCCUUAACAUCUCCCUGGUGCCCGUCGACCAUCCCGCCAUCCAGCUCUCCAGCAUGACCAUGGAUGCCAAGCUGAGUGCCAAGAUGUCUUUGCGAGGGAAAGCGCUGCAGGUGCAAUUGGAUCUGCGAAGGUUCCGGAUCUACUCCAAGCAGUCGGCACUGGAGUCCCUGGCGCUCUUCCCAUUGCAGGCCCCCCUGAAGACACUGCUGCAGCUGAUGAUCAUGCCCAUCCUUAAUGAGAGGACAAAGAAGGGCGUCCCGAUCCCCCUGCCUGAGGGCAUGGACUUCACCAAGGAGGUAGUCACCAGCCAUGUGGGAUUCAUCACGGUGGGGGCAGAUCUCCAUUUCUCCCAGGGACUUCGGGAGGUGAUUGAGAAAUACCAGCCUGCCCAGGCCGGCGGCCUGCCGCGCCCGGAAACAACAGCCCCAGCUGGCUCUGACCCUCCCCUGCCGAGUUCCUUUAACACCAGCCUGCCGAGCCCGGAACCAACAGCGCCAACUGGCUCUGACCCUCCCCUGCCGAGUUCCUUCAACGCUACGGCGCCCCAGGCCAGCCUUCGCUAGAAAGCGCCCACCUGCUCGGCCUGCACCGGGGCGAUGGCAGGAGCCAGCCCCUGGCUGGAGCUGCUCGGGGAGGCAGGGCAGCAGUUGCACUGUGACACUAAUAAACAGGGUUAGACACGG